AUGGCUCUGCCGGCGUUGCUGAGGGAUCUCGUGGAAGAGAUCCUCCUCCGCAUCCCGCCGGACGAGCCGGCGCACCUCAUCCGCGCCGCCCUCGUCUGCAAGGACUGGUGUCGCAUCAUCUCCGACGGCGUGUUUCGCCGCCGCUACCGCCGGUUCCACCGAACGCCUCCCCUGCUGGGCUACCUCAACAAGGAUUACCAGACAGCCCCCAAAUUCGUCGCAACCACUAGUUUCUCGCCGCCGCCGCUGCCUGCCGGCAAAUGCUCCGAUCAGGUCCUUGACUGCCGCCACGGCCGCGUGCUGAUCGACACUGGCGGCGACCCGCCAGGCUUGACCGUCUGGGACCUCAUCGCCGGCACCGGGCAGCGCCUGAGCGUCCCCGCUUAUCACCCGCACCUGCGCCUGUGCAGUUUCACUGGGGCUGUGCUAUGCGCCCGCCAUGGCUGCGACCACCUCGACUGCCACGACGGUCCGUUCCUCGUGGUCUUUGUGGGGGGGUACGACGACGAUAUAGACGACGGCACGGACAAUGAAACGCACACAUCGGGCGUGUACUCGUCAGAGACGGGAGCAUGGAGCGCCCAAACCCCCAGUAUUUACGACGAUCUUGGGGCGUGCGGACCCUGCCUUCUCAUAGGAGACGCGCUCUACGUCACCCUUGAGUAUUGUUAUGAAAAGAUCCUCAAAUCUUGCUAA